GUUGCCUUCUGACCGACAGAUCGAACAAGCCAAUCGAGCGCAGUGCAGGCCAUUGAAGUGAAGCAAACAACAAAAAAAGAAAGAAAAACUCACAGCAAGGCGGCACUCCGAGGGCAGUGCACAGAGAAACGAGCAGCAAGGAUAACGUCGACAGUGUCAAGUGCUUGCAGUGUGGCAAAUAAAUCCAAUCAAGCCAAUCAACCAAUCAAUCAAUCAAUCAUGUUCAAGUUCGUGUGCCUUUUCGCGCUGAUCGCCACAACGGCGGCAGCCGCCUCCGAGGCGGACAGUCUGCUGACAAGUGCCCUGAAAAUGGUCAAGGAUUGCGGCGAUCGCUCGAUGGUGCUGUGUAUGAAGGAACGCGCUCUGCACUAUUUCGAUACGGAGAACGGCGACGUGAGGCUGACCGAGGGCAUUGCUCUGGUGAAGACAGACGACAUACCCGUGGGCCGUUCCCUCAACGACAUCCAGCUGCCCGAGGAGGUGGAGUCCCGCGAGGCUGAGGUCGACUCUCUGCUGGUGGAGCGUGUGGCGCGCUUCUUUGGCACUCACACUCUGCAGUUCAAGGUGCCCAAGGACUCGAUUCAGGACAUGCAGCGGGUGCUCGAGGAGUCGCGCGGCAAGAAGAAGGAGAAGAAGAAGUACCUGAUGCCCCUGCUGCUGCUGUUCAAGCUGAAGAUGGCCGCCCUGCUGCCCCUGGCCAUCGGCUUCCUGGCACUGAUCUCAUUCAAGGCCCUGGUCAUCGGCAAGAUCGCCCUGCUGCUCUCCGGCAUCAUUGGCCUGAAGAAGCUGCUGGAGUCCAAGAAGGAGAACUACGAGGUGGUGGCGCAUCCCCACUACGAGCACGAGCACAGCUACGGACGGGCCCUGCCCGGCGGCAUGGAGUCCCAGAAUCUGGCCUACGCGGCGUACAAGCAAUAAGCCAAUAAUAGCCAAAAAGAGACGAUGCCAAUCCUGCAGCAGAAAACAAACAAACAAAAAGCAAUAUUCAGUGCAAUAAGGCGAGAAGAGAGAGAGAGAGAGAGGAAGAGCUGGGAGAAAGCUGAAUGGGCGAUCCAUGGCUCAUUUAAUUUAUUCUAUUUAUUUAAUUUAUUUUUAUAGCAUAGUUCAUGCAAAGCUUACACGUAAGGCGCCAUCAUCUGCAAUUGUCCGAAGGAAUAAGUCCAAAUAGGGAAUAAGCUCAAAUCACGCAGGGGGGGAAGGAGGCUGGAGGAGGCGUUGGGCUGCGGCUGCGGCUGCGGCAGCCUUUACCUUAAUGUAACUUUUGUAUUAAUAAUACUCAGAGCUUUACUAUUGACUAUUUUAACGCUAUACGCUUUACGCUUUACGCUUUACGCUUAACUCCAACUACAACUAAAACUAAUCUAAACUUAACUAUUUAAACUUUGAACUGCUGCGAGGCGCUCGCUUCCAGCCACCCACCCCCCACAGACAGUCUUCAAAAUCAAUAAAACAAAU